UCGGCCCAUGAGGCGCGCGAACUCAAGCUGCAGGGGGCCAUCGAGGCUGCUCAAGACCCCCGGAGUGUGGUAUCGGCUGAGGAUGCUGAAAAACUCAUGGUCGACCAGGCUCGAAAUGCUGGUGCUCCCGCCUUCAACUUCGACCCUAAUGCUUCUAUAGAGCAAAAGCGUUCUCAGGUCGCUGCCGCUAUCCCUCCCGAGCUUCAGCAUAUUAGACGGAACAAGGCGACGGUCAUCGCAACUGAUGUCGACGACGGUACUGGCCCGGAUGAAGAACUCCCAGAACCGACAAAGGAAGGUGUCCUCGAAGCCGGCAAAGAUGAACCAGCCAAGCCUCUAGCCAAUGGGGAGGCUGCCGAGGUCCCAUACUCGCGAACGGGCUGGGCUCCCCAGAUUGGCUGGCCUGUUGACAGCGCGCUUGAGGCGGAGAGCCUACUCGAUCACACUACAUGGGUUGAGAGCCAGCUGCCGGAUCAUCUGUUUGGAGAUUGGUACCACAACACCGGCGUCAUCAUUUUUGCCUGCAUUGCCUCAUGGCUUGUAGCGGUUUUCGGCGGCGGCCUCGGCUGGGUAAUCAUGGUCAUGGCAAUUUGCGGCACCUACUACAGGACUUCUUUGAGACGAGUGCGCCGGAACUUUCGUGAUGACAUUACCCGAGAGAUGGCCCUUAAGAGGCUUGAGGCUGAUCAUGAAUCUCUCGAGUGGAUCAAUUCCUUCAUGGUCAAGUUUUGGCCCAUCUACCAGCCCGUCCUCGCCCAGACCAUUGUCAACACUGUCGACCAGGUGCUGAGCUCUGCAACUCCGGCCUUCCUGGACAGCCUCAAGCUCAAGACUUUUACGUUGGGCACCAAGCCCCCCCGCAUGGAGCAUGUAAAGACGUACCCCAACGUGGGAGACGACAUUGUUAGAAUGGACUGGAAAUUCAGCUUCACGCCCAAUGACACUGCCGACAUGACGAAAAAGCAGAUCAAGAAUAAGAUCAACCCCAAGGUUGUACUGGAAAUCCGAGUCGGAAAAGCCAUGAUCAGUAAAGGCCUUGACGUCAUUGUCGAGGACAUGGCCUUCUCGGGUAUCAUGCGACUCAACAUCAAACUGCAGAUUCCUUUCCCCCACGUCGAGAAGAUUGAGAUGUGUUUCUUGGAGAAGCCGACUAUUGACUACGUUUGCAAGCCCCUCGGUGGUGAGAACUUUGGCUUUGAUAUCAAUUUCAUUCCGGGUCUGGAAAAGUUCAUCCUGGAGCAGAUCCACGGUAACCUAGCGCCCAUGAUGUAUGCUCCUCAUGUCUUCCCUAUCGAAGUCGCCAAGAUGCUUGCGGGAUCACCCGUCGACCAGGCCAUCGGUGUGCUCGUUGUGACACUCCACGGAGCACACAACCUCAAGAAUACCGACAACUUUUCGGGCACCAUUGAUCCUUAUGCCGUUCUUACUCUGAACCGCCGCCAAGAGCUUGCGCGAACCAAAACCAUCGAUGACAAUCCCAACCCAAGAUGGAAUGAAACCCAUUAUAUCAUUGUUACUUCUUUCAACGACACUCUAGACAUUCAGGUUUUUGAUAAAAAUGAGAUCCGCAAGUCCAAGGAACUGGGCGUGGCUUCUUUCCCCCUAGAGAGGAUCGAGGACCUGCACGUUUACGAAAAUGAACGCAUCCCGGUUCUCGCAGCCGGCAAAUCCCGCGGUAUCGUUUCCUGCGACUUCCGUUUCUUCCCAGUCCUUGAAGGCCAGAAAGACGAAAACGGUAAACUUGAGCCUCCUCCGGUCUCCAACCAGGGUAUUCUGCGCUUCACUGUCGAGCAGGCCAAAGACUUGGACGGCACCAAAAGUCUUGUCGGUCUUCUCAAUCCCUAUGCUGUCAUGUUCCUCAAUGGUAAAGUCAUCCACCAGACAAAGAAGCUUAAGCGAGUCAACAACCCCAUCUGGGAUAACGGUUCCAAGGAAAUUCUCAUCACGGAUCGCAAGAGGGCCAAGCUUGGCGUCACUAUCAAAGAUGACCGGGACCUUGCCGCUGACCCGACCCUCGGAAAGUAUCAGAUCAAGCUCGAUGACCUACUGGAAUGCAUGGAACAAGGCAAAGAAUGGUAUCACCUUUCAGGCGCUCAAACUGGCCGCGUCAAGAUGACGGCGCAGUGGAAGCCAGUGGCCAUUUCGGGCGUGGCCGGCACCGGCGGCUACAUCACUCCAAUCGGCGUCAUGCGGCUCCAUUUCAAGAAGGCAAAUGAUCUCCGUAACUUUGAAGCUUUUGGCAAAUCGGAUCCAUAUGUCCGAGUCCUCCUUUCUGGUAUUGACAAGGCGCGAACGGUAACUUUCAAGAAUGAUCUGAAUCCUGAAUGGGAUGAAGUUCUCUACAUUCCAGUUCAUUCCGCUCGGGACAGGCUCACGCUUGAGGUUAUGGACGAGGAGAAGGUUGGCAGGGAUCGCUCCCUCGGACUGUGUGAAGUUUCUGCAGCAGAUUAUAUUCAGCAAGAUGAAGUUGGCGAGUAUCUCGUGAAUGAUACAAAGCGCGUUCUCCAGAGUGAGCUUCGCAUUCACGGCAAGGGUAUUGGCAAGGGUACACUAACUUAUACCGUUGCAUUUUAUCCCUGUCUCAACAUCGCCGAUCCUGAAGAGGAAGAGGAGGAGGCGGCGGAGGAAGCCAAGGAAGCCAAAGCUGCCGAAGAGAAUGGCGAGGAACCCAAAGCCUCUCUUGACAGACCACUCAGCUCCGCCUCUAAAUCCACAUCCAAAGUAUCUCUCGACGUGUCUAGGAAAUCGGCCGACGUGUCCAGGAAAUCAGUGGAUACGGCUAAGCUGAGCGCUGCCACAGGAGAGGAUGGCCGGCCUAUAUCACCGGCAUCGAUGAGGUCAUCAAUGUCGGUAGAGAAGAAGGGGCCGCCCAAGAUCCGGCUCAGCCCCGAAGAGUUGCUCAGAUAUGAGAGUGGCAUUCUCAUCUUUAGACUGCUGGAAUCCGAGAUGCCCGAAAGGGAUAGUCAAUUGGAAAUCUUCGUUGACGACAUGGCCUACCCUUCCUAUACAUCUACAAUAGUUCCAUCAAGGUCGCACAAGUUUGAUGAGAUUGGCGAUUGCGUCAUCAGAGAGCUCGACUUUUCUCGCUUGACCAUUAAGGCGCGAAAGAAGGGCGAUGAUGCCGAAGAUACUCUGGCGUACUUGUCUGGCAACACGUUGGAGACGUUGAAGCAAUGUCUGAACAAUCCCACCACAUUGAAGCUCAAGAGCGAUGAUGGCAAGUCCAGCUGGGUCAAGGUUAGCCUCAAGUAUAUCCCUCUCAAGAUGGAUCUGGAUCCAAGCGAGAGCAUCAACAACAUGGGCAAUCUCCGUGUCGAUGUCUUGAGCGGCACAGACUUGCCAUCGGCAGACAGGAACGGAAAGAGCGACCCUUACUGCAAGUUUGAGUUGAAUGAUUUGGAAGUCUACAAGACCAAGGUACAGAAGAAGACGUUGUCGCCAGUAUGGAACGAGUUCUUUGAGGUCUCUGUGCCGUCGAGGACGUCUGCCAACUUCGUUUGUAACGUCUACGAUUACGACUUUGCCGACAAGCCCGACUUCCUAGGUGCCACCGUCAUUAGACUGGACACUCUCCAGCCUUUCAAGGCAAUGGAACAAAGCUACCCCCUGGACGGCAAGUCAGGAAGCAUCAAGCUCCGAAUGGUUUUCCGACCUGAUUACAUCACUCGAGCCAGGCAAGGAACGUCAACAUUCCAGGGCACCUUUGGUGGUACCUCUCGCAUCGUUACUGGAGUAGCUGGCGUGCCGUUCAAGGGAGGCGCCGCGGUGGCUGGAGUUGUAGGCCACGGUGUGGGCAGAGGUGCCUCGUUCUUGAAGCGCGGUAUUCUGGGUAAAAAGGAUCGAGAUGAUCCCAACGGUUCGUUGUCGGAGCUCACAGAGGUGCCAACCGUGCCAAGCAUCAUUACCAACGGCGGUGAUUUCCCCAUCAGCACCAGCAACUCCAACCCCAGCACCAGGCCGACAACCAGUGCCGUGGACAGUUCCCGGGAUUUCCCCCCUCAUCUGACGCCCGAGGGCUCUGGCCAUAACAGAACCAGGAGCUUCGGCAGCUCUUCAGUGCACAGCGCCAUGGGCAUUGGAGCUCCGUCCGGAACAGCGACGUUUACUGUCGUUGGUGCUUCCGGAUAUUCUCUGUCGACGGACUUGUACAUCCUCAUCACCCAGAUCUCACCCAGGGAAAAGAUUGUUGGCAAAACGAAGCACUACAAGUCGCCUACAGGUCAGUGGAGCUUUGACGAGACAUUCCGCUUCAGCUGCACUCCCGACGCACAGUUCAAGAUUGAAGCCAGAGGCGAGCACUUGUUUGGCAGCGAUGAUGGUCUAGGAGAGCAUUUCUACUUUGUUGACGAGACAGGCGCCGCAGCUCCAAAGGAACUCACCGUUGGCACUGGCAUAGUGACAGUCAAGAGCUCCUUCCAGCCUGCAGAGGAGAAGUACCCUGACAGUCCCAAGUCUUUUUCGCGACGCGGCUUCUUGAGCAAGCGUGAGGCGCGGAGUCGGGACCCAACGCCAAAUCCCUGAGCGAUUUGAUAACGAAAACUUUUCUUUUUUUUGGUCAUUCCAGCUCCUCCCAAGACUCGCCAGGGUCUCCAUGUGGGAGCGAGUAUUGUAUUUGCAUGAAGAACUGCUACUGACGUAAUGUUACGGCCGCAUCGUCGCUCCCUAUAUCGGCUCUAAUUGUUUGUUUGCUUCUUCUCGUUUGCACUUGACUCUUUUUCUUUAUGAAAUUGCAGCUCUGUAUUAUUUGUUAUAGCCUAUCUGCCUGGAGUCUGAGGUGAUGGAUGGGAGGAAAAGGUACGGGGUGUGUUCAAUUUGUAUAUAUAUAUAUAUAGGCAGAGUGGGACCGGCGAGGUCAAAUGGGACAGCGAUUUUAUUUUAAUUAUAUUUUCUUGGAUAACUUC